ACCCGCGGCCUCUGUGGCAGUCCUGGACACGUCGAGCCGGGCAGAAGUAGUAGGGGCUUCUGAGAAGUCCUGAGUGGGUGACGAGCUCAGGUUCUGAGAGCGAGGCGCCGGUGGCGGGACUCGACCUGGCAAGAGACUCUUCUGACAACUUUCAACUUCUCCUGGGAAAAUGGACCAUUCCCAUCAUAUGGGGAUGAACCAUACGAACCACAGUAGCACCAUGCCACCGUCUCACCAUCACCCGACCACCUCAGCCUCGCACUCCCACGGCGGAGGAGACAGCCACAUGAUGAUGCCUAUGACCUUCUACUUUGGCUUUAAGAAUGUGAAACUAUUGUUUUCUGGUUUGGUGAUCAAUACAGCUGGAGAAAUGGCUGGAGCUUUUGUGGCAGUGUUUUUACUAGCUAUGUUCUAUGAAGGACUCAAGAUAGCCCGAGAGAGUCUGCUGCGGAAGUCACAAGUCAGCAUUCGCUACAAUUCCAUGCCUGUCCCAGGACCAAAUGGAACCAUUCUUAUGGAGACACAUAAAACUGUUGGGCAGCAGAUGCUGAGUUUCCCUCACCUCCUGCAGACAGUGCUGCAUAUCAUCCAGGUGGUCAUCAGCUACUUCCUCAUGCUCAUCUUCAUGACCUACAACGGGUACCUCUGCAUUGCAGUGGCAGCAGGGGCUGGAACAGGAUACUUUCUCUUCAGUUGGAAGAAGGCAGUGGUAGUGGACAUCACAGAGCAUUGCCAUUAACAUCAGAUUCCAUGGUGUGGCCUUAUCGAUUGCAGUGGGAAGAGGUUUAAGACUGGAAGACGUGGUUCCUGCUCCAAUCAUCCCUCUUGCUCUUCCUUACACAGACACACACACCUGCUGAAUAGAGGUCUAGUUUACAGUCUCCGAGGUAAAGUGGUAAUCUCCCAAACUGUUUUUUUCUAAUAAGCUGAGAUUCUCAUUUCUCUUGAGAAGCCAGCUGUGAGAUGUCUUCUCCCUCCUCAUCCUAGAUCCUUGUCUAAUCCAGAUAGCUUCCUAGUGGAUGACUUGUUCAUCUGCUUCCUUUUUUAAUCUUCUGGGUUUUCUUUGACAGACAAUAUGUGAAUUGGUGGGUUUUUUCUGGGUCAGUGAUGAUAGGGAUUAACUUCAGUCAGUGAUGGUAGCUGAGGGAGAUUCUUGCCCAACUAAACCCAGGACUUGAAAAUCAUACUAGAAAAUAAGCUCCAGUCCUUGAACUCAUUGAGUGGGAACAACAUUGUGCCUUUCUCUAGGUGUGGUGUGUUGCACCAAAAUCUUUGUAUCAGGGGAGGGGUGGUUUGAGACUAAAACAGGUCUAGAGCUUACAGAAUGUGUAUCCUUGGAUCGUUAACUCAUCAACAUAUAUUCCCACUUAACAUUUUAAUUAGAAUGAGCUUGCCAGUUAAAAAAAAAAAAGACAAUCAAUUAGAGGAAAUUGAAAUAGAUAUUUUUAAAUAAAACCAUUGGUAUUUUACUUUGACUUUAUACUUUGGUUUUUCUCAGCUGAAUUUAGCUAAAGGGUUUGAAUUCUUUUUUCCCAUUGUUUUCAUGUGUCUGCAUCUAAACCAGUGAUUUUUCAGCCUUUAGCAUGCAUCUUAGAAUCACCUGGAGGGCUUGGUAAGACCUUUGUUGCUGGCCUCAACCCAGAGCCCCCAAAUCGGAUUUUCUAAGUUCCCAGGUGAUAUUCCUGCGGAUGGUCCUAAGGACCAAACUUUGAGAAUCUGUGCUUUAAACUGAGGAAGUGUCACCUAGGGAGGAGAGUGGUUCCCUGGACGUGAAAAUUUGAAUUGCUGGUUGGUAGAUGGUAUGUCUGAGCAUACCUCACAUAGUGAAUGCUGCUGGUUGAUACUUAAUCAUUCCACAAACAUCUCUUCAGCUUCCGCUGUGUGUAUGCACAUGUGUGAAGGACUAUAGCCAAAGUACUUUUAACAGCAUGUAUGAAGUCACUAGUUCUUAUUUUUAAAGAUCCGUGGUUUCUUGGAAGUAGUUUGAAAGCCCAGAGAGACCUUUGAUCUGUGGUGUAAAUCAGAUAGGCAUGGGCCAGAAGGGCAGAAGUCCAGCUCUCUUUGGAGAGAUUUAGGUGUGGUGUGCUGAUGGCCAGCUUUUCCUCAUCCUCCACUAUCCAUGCCCCCCCGCGAGGCAGAUCCUCAUCGUUUGUGUGACCAUCUUUAUCUCUUGGGGACUUAAUUAGAUCACAAGUGGCCCAAACCUCUUUUCACAAUGAAGAGUCACAUUGGAUUUUUAUUCUGUUCAGUCUUAGUCUAUACUGCAGUCUUGUUCCCAAACUACCUCUUUAAAGUGAUUCUUCCAGUGCUGGUCUGUUCAAUCCUGCCCUCCUUGGUGCUAGAGCUGUUGUGCCUCAGGGCAGAGGAGACCAAAAAAAUGCAGCUAUCUUGCGGGCCUGUGUUGUGGUUUUGAAGUUUGUACUUUCUCUGUGGGUGCCAGUUAAAUAUUGGAGAGUGAGGAAUGUGUACUUCUAUGGCUUUGAACCAAGAGAGGAUUAUGGCCUACUGGAUUGAGGUUAAAAUCCAAGAAGCAGCACUUAGAGCUUUGUGCUUUUCUCUCAUUUCAUCCACUUGUAGUGCUGAUACUUAGCAUGAGCCAGGAAUGACCGGUGCUGAGGAGCCCAGCAUUAAGGUGGAAAUAGCCUGUCGUGUCAGAGCCAAGGGAUAAUAAAACCAUGAGGAAAAUGUAAGAAUCAAUGCUCAGUCGUGACUCUGGUGCUCUCUAGAAAUCUCAACAUGAGCUACUAUAAACUACCUUCCAGAAACAGGAUCUUAUCAGUGAGAUGAGAAAAAUCAAGGCUAGCUAGACAAAGUGCUGUGAAUUUUAAACUCACCAAGAAACCUCAGUUUGGGACAUGUCUUCGGUGUUCAGGGUGGAGAAAAUCUAAAAAGACUGAAUUUUAGAGAUCCUCAGACUAGGUUGCCAAAGGAUAAAGCUAGGGAAGGUGAAAAACGUGAAAGCUUGAGUUCAGUUCCAUCACUCUAGCUUUAUCUCAGUGGUUUUCACUUCUGCAUCAUUUAGAAUUUACUGCCUGACCUCUGACUUUUUUGGAUUCUAAACUUCUCUUUUCCUCCUUCCCUAUUCAUAUCUACUAGAAAACUGUAUCCCCAUUUCUUGGACCCUUACUCUGCUCUCCUCUUCCCUACCUUUUCUCCCACACGGUCUAGUCUGUUAAAUCUUCCCAGCUCUCCUGAUGCAGUGGGCAUUGCUACACUGGAUAUAAAUGCCAGUCAGAAGUUGGUAUCAGCCUGUAGAGACCUUAAGUAUGCUUUUAGAAGCAACUGCCCCACUAGAAUUUCUCUUAAGGCUGGGUAAAGGGCUACCUGUUACCCUCCCCAGAGUUAUAAAAUUGUAGGUGCUGCCCCAGUCUAUGAUGGAGGAACAAUGCCCACAAACAUGGAGUCCACUUGUCCACCAGGAGAAUAGAAAUAAAGAUUCUCUUCACUACUGCUAUCUAGGGUUGCCCAGAAUUCCCUUUCAGUCCGUGGGUAUGUAGGUUCCUGUCACAAGGGGUUCCUUUUAAAGACCUGGGGGUGAGGCAGGGGGUACAUGUUCAUGUCAUUUAAUUUUCAUCCUGCCCCCUCCAGCUGCUUCUUCAGAAGAUACAUCUAAAGAUACAAAGUCUGCAUUUGAUAUAAUGCCUUAAUCACUGGGUCUACAAUUCACGUUGACUGUCUUAGAUUGUCAGCUCCUGGAGAGCAGUAUUGCUGUAGUAGGAAUGUUUUAACAUGUCAUGUGCAAAAGAACAAAAUAAAUAUUUUGAUUUUAUUUUA